AUGGAGACUCUGCUGCUGAUGAUAAUGCUGCUCUCCAGCCUCACACACACCUUUAGCCACGGCUACGACCCUGAGGAGGACAAUUGGACCAACGGCAGAGACGCAGCUGAGAUGAAGUGGUUUGAACCUGAUCUAUUGCAGACGAUGUUGAAGAGGAUGGAGAGGAGACCAGACCAGCAGCAGUUCUUUGGUCUAAUGGGCAGAAGAUCCACCGCAAAGUCACAGAUAACACGGAAACGGCAGAAGUUCCAGGCGUUUGUUGGUCUGAUGGGGAAGCGGAGUGUGGAGGGUGGGUGAAUCUGCCUGAUCUCUUCACUGUCGAUCUUCCUGCUUUUGUAUUUGAUGUUAAAAAAAAUUGGUGUAGUUGUUAAAAAUCUGUCAUAACCCCUCUUAAACAAACUCGUUGUAAAUAUUCAUUUUCUUUCAGGCUCUUUCUGACAGAACUGCGAGCAGGACAGCAUGAAUUCCACUCCCACAUUCUGUUUCAUGUUGGCACGUUUAACUGCUAUACUAGAGCCGCAGUCUUUCUGCUUAUGAAAGUGUUAAAACUGAUAAUAAAAGUGGGAAAUAAAACAUUUGGAACUGUCUGAGCUCAUCAUUAUUCCAAAAUCUCGCAGAAAUAGUUAGUUGUUUUAUUGGGAAGAAUUUGGAGGUUGAGGAAAGUUGAGAACAAGGGCUUUCUCA